AUGUCGUCCUUCGCCGACUGCCCUCUAGAAGUCAUCGAAGUGGUGAUCGACCUUCUCUGGGAUGAUUUGAAAGCCCUCAAAGCAUGCUCUCAGACCUGCACCGCGCUUCUGCCCCUAUGUCGCAAAUACAUCUUUCAAUCUCUCCGCCUCGUCACUUCUCCAGAUCGUUACUACUCUACCUAUCAAUACGGGGGCCAUAGCAGCGUCAUGGUGAUCAGAUCAAAUUUUUGGCAAGUUCUAGAAACCAAUCCGACAAUUUCAGAGUACGUCCACACGUUAACAUACUGUAUCAACGCCCGCGACCCUUUGAAUGGUGACAUUCCUCGGGUGCUGGAGCGGCUUCACCACGUACGCUUUUUCGAUGUGGCUGGAAGGAUCCCCAAGGCAGGCAGUAAACAAACCCCCCAACGUUUCAGAGACGCGCUACUGCACGUCGUUCAAUCACACUCCAUCACAUGUUUGACAAUCUCUGUCGACGAUUUCCCCAUCACUGCUUUCCUUGGUUGUGUUAACCUCACAGACCUCUCCAUCUUUGACCUCUACUUUGAUUCUGCCGACGUAGAGCAAGAAUCUUCCAAUGUAAUUUUUUCAAAUUUGGACGUGAAAGUGUCGGACAUCCGAGUCCCACGACUUCAGUCGUUCGCCUUUGGGCAGGCUAUGAGCGGGCAAUAUGCGAUGCGCUUGCUCAAUGCUAAAUGUCACAAUGGCGGCCCAAUGCUAGACUUUACGAAUGUUCGGACGUUGAGUGUCUAUCUGCAGGAAGAUUUGGAUUUCACUGUAGUGCAUGCGUUAGUAAACGCAACGAACAAGCUCGAAACUCUGCGAUACCAGUUGGGAGACUUUAUCGGAUAUCCGAGUAUUUCCCCGUCGAUCAAUAAGCCGUCCCUAUCGACGCUGAAACGACUCCACCUCUCCUAUGAAUUCGACAUAAGUGAAGAUCUCACAGACCUCGUGUGUGGUAUAUGCAAGGAAUUCGGCAUUCUUUCAAGACUCCCGAACGUGAUUGAAGAAAUCACCAUAGAGGCUCUAUACGUAUAUGUCAGUCGGGGUGAAUCGUGUGUUUGGGGAAUGUUGGACACCGUGCUUUCCAAUGGGUUUCCAAUGCUCCGCCGGGUUUCGCUCGAUAUUCUAAUGUCAAUAAUGUGGGACGAGUGGAUGGAGGCUGGUAUGAAGGAGGAAGUAGCCGAGAUCCCGACGAGAUAUCUUCCGUGGUUGUCAAAUUCUUCAACGAUCCUCUUCUCUUUUUCGCCAGACGUCAUGGAAUUAUAA